AUGUAUUCUACUAUGCAAUUCAACCAAUCAGAAGACGACUAUCUCGGCUUUGCCGCCGACUGUUCAUACGAUGAAGCAUACAGCAUCAUUUCAAGCUCAGAUAGCAGUAGACAAGCAUCAUCAGCCAGUAGUGAGAAUAGAAUUUUCAGUACUCUUGGGACCUCAUCAAGUGUUGCAUUUGCAAAUCUCCAGCCACAGUUUCUGGCAAAAGGAGGAAAUGGAAUUAAGAAGCCGUUAGCAUGCAGUACAGCACUUUCGUUUGAAGCGUUUGUUGAUAAAAGUGGAAGUCAUGAUACAAGAGACUUAACAGCAAAAUCAUUAACCUUGUCAAAGCCAGGUUCUGGCUGGAGUUUCAAAAGAUUUUUCAGUAUUUGGAAUCAGCCCACCACGGAUGGUAAGUAUGGAGAAACAAUUAAGAGGGAGAUGGAAUUGUUGUUUCAAACGCCGGAUCUAGAUCACAUGACCGGAAUUUACGACCUAUAUAACCGGUUUGGAACGGUGAAAGAGAUGUAUUUCACAGAGAUGAUCUGCCGGGCAUUCAUUAUGGCGGGUGAAAAAAAUAUGAGUCUUUAUUUCUUUUUGAAUGCACACAUGGGGAUUUUUCCUCAAUUGGAAAAUAACUGGGGCCAGAUCAAAAAUGAUCUUUGGAAUGUGGAUCCGAAAUUCAUGAAUCCUGAAAUAAUAGACUGCAAUCAAGACAUCGAGCAGUCAGUCGAGUCAAAAGAUUUGUUUACGAGCUAUGUGAACCAUCUGAGAGUGGAAAGAAAGUCCAUUUUAGAGGAAUUACUUUUGCUCAGCGGACCAGAUGGAAUUAAGGAGGAAGGCAUGUGGAGAAAUGUGCUGAGGUUUUCAGAGAUGGUUUUCACAAGGACCGAGCCACCAAAGACCUGGUUGCAGAGGUUGAAGGAAAAGUUGAAGGGAAAGGUUGAGGGGGAAGAAAGAGAAGAUUCUAGAAGCGAGGAUAAAGAGAGUUCAGCCACUCCAUACCGGUCACUUGACAGGCUUGAUUACCCAUAG